UUUUGCAUGAGACACACUCCCUCUCCUCGGCGGGUGUGGCGAUGUUCAUAAAUAGUAGUGUCCGCCAUGGUGUAUUCGACUUACUCAGUGUAUAGAAAGGUAUCCAGAAGAGAUACACAAGUCUGCAGCCAAUUCUGGAUCGCAAAAGAGAUAGUCAAGAUGGGGACCGAUAAGCCCGUCAGAAUUUCAAGCGGCCUUAUCGUUCAAGAGCCCGCGGGCCCGUUUAACAAUCAGAUAAAAACCAGUCCCUGGAGAGAAGUCUAAUCGUUGGAGAAUGACAAUUGCGUAUUUGAUUCGUCAAAUAAAGACGACAAAAGAGACGAUACUGCGCAUGAUGGAUUAGAUCGACCCUGUAGGAAUGCCCAGUACCUGGUGUCUACUAGGUACCCCGUUUUCGCUAGUUGCUACCACUCCAUAUCAAGUGAUCAAUACCUGUCCCGGUGCCGUGUGCGCGGUGCUCGCGGGCAGGGUGGACAAUGUGCCCGAAAUCCAGCCAGACUCUGAACUUGCUGGUAAUCAAUCCGAACGGCUCUGAAGCGGUAACGAACCUUAUACAGUCCGGUAUCGACCGUUAUACGGGACCAAACACUGUCACCACAUACUGGACGUGCCCAAACGGACCAGCCGUUUUGCAGAGUCAGGAAGAUAUCGACAGAAGCACCGAGGCAUGUCUGGGGCCAUUGGUCCAGAUCCAGGAUCGCAAACGAUACGAUGCAUUCCUGUUGGCUUGCUAUGCGGAUCAUCCCCUCGUUGCAGCCUUGCAGGGCCGACUGGGUUUGCCUGUUGUGGGCAUCUUCGAAGCAAGUGUUCAUCAUGCUCUGGACGUCCUUCAGCGUAUGAAGCGUUUUGCAAUCUUAACGACGGGAAAGGCAUAUGAAGAGCAAUUGAGCAAUGGUGUCACGAAGCUGCUUGACGUCGAGGACGUGCCGCUAUCGAGGUUUGCGGGCGCGGUGGCAACGAGCGUGGGAUGGUCUGAUUUGCAAAAGACGGAUGAAGGAACGGGGAUAGUAAAGGCGAAGGUCAGAGAGGGAGUGCGGAAAGUUUUGGGUCUGGGAGACAUUGGGGUCAUUUGCGUUGGAGGCGUGAUACUCUUUGGUAUGGAGGGAUGGAUUAGGGAGAUAUGUGAAGCAGAAAUGGGACAGGAGAAUGGUCAGAAGGUGAUCAUUGUCGAUCAAUUACAGGCCGGUGUCAUGGCUGUAGAAAGGGCAAUUGAGAAAAUGCUGGAUUGAUAGACCCAAACGUAA